CUGCCUGAAGACCCCCACUGCCUGCUGCCACUUCCACCCCCAGUCCCCCAUCACCAUGCACUCCCUGGACGAGCCGCUCGACCUGAAGCUGAGCAUCACCAAGCUCCGAGCGGCGAGAGAGAAGCGGGAGAGGACACUGGGUGUGGUCCGCCACGGAGCUCUGCACAGGGAGCUCGGCCUGGUGGAUGACAGUCCCACACCCGGCUCCCCAGGCUCCCCACCCUCAGGCUUCCUGCUGAACACCAAGUUCCCUGAGAAGGUGGAGGGACACUUUUCGGCAGCCCCUCUGGUGGACCUCAGCUUGUCACCACCAUCUGGGCUGGACUCCCCCAACGACAGCAACUCGCUGUCCCCCGAGCGCCAGGGCAAUGGGGACCUGCCCCCAGUGCCCACUGCCCCGGACUUCCAGCCGCUGCGCUAUCUGGACAGCGUCCCCAGCUCCUUCCAGUUCUUCCUGCCCUUGGGCUCCGGCGGGGGCCUGCACCUGCCCGCUGCCUCCUUCCUCACCCCCCCCAAGGACAAGUGCCUCUCGCCAGAACUGCCACUGCCCAAGCAGCUGGUGUGUCGCUGGGCCAAGUGUAACCGGCUCUUUGAGCUCCUGCAAGACCUGGUGGACCACGUCAAUGACUACCACGUCAAGCCUGAGAAGGAUGCCGGGUACUGCUGCCACUGGGAGGGGUGUGCCCGCCAUGGCCGAGGCUUCAAUGCCAGGUACAAGAUGCUCAUUCACAUCCGCACGCACACUAACGAGAAGCCGCACCGCUGCCCCACCUGCAACAAGAGCUUCUCCCGCCUGGAGAACCUGAAGAUCCACAACCGCUCACACACAGGUGAGAAGCCCUACGUCUGCCCCUACGAGGGCUGCAGCAAGCGCUACUCAAACUCGAGUGACCGCUUCAAGCACACUCGCACCCACUACGUUGACAAGCCCUACUACUGCAAGAUGCCCGGCUGCCACAAGCGCUACACCGACCCCAGCUCGCUGCGCAAGCACAUCAAGGCCCACGGCCACUUCGUGUCUCAUGAGCAGCAAGAGCUCCUGCAGCUGCGCCCGCCCCCCAAACCACCGCUGCCUGCCCCCGACGGCAGCCCCUACGUCAGCGGGGCCCAGAUUAUCAUCCCCAACCCCGCUGCCCUCUUUGGAGGCCCCGGCCUGCCUGGUCUGCCCCUGCCCCUGGCUCCCAGCCCCCUUGACCUCAGUGCCCUGGCCUGUGGCAAUGGCGGGGGUGGUGGGGGUGGGGGGGGUAUGGGCCCUGGGCUGCCAGGCCCCGUCCUGCCCCUCAAUCUGGCCAAGAACCCGCUGCUGCCCUCGCCCUUUGGGGCUGGUGGACUGGGCCUGCCUGUGGUCUCCCUCCUCGCCGGCUCCGCUGGCGGCAAGGCCGAGGGGGAGAAGGGACGUGGGUCGGUGCCUGCUAGGGCCCUGGGCAUGGAGGGUCGCAAGACACCCCUUGAAAGGACGGAGAGCAGCUGCUCCCGGCCAAGCCCUGACAGACUCCCCCUGAUGCCAGGCACCGUGCUGGACCUGUCCACAGGCGUCAACUCGGCAGCCAGCAGCCCAGAAGCGCUGGCCCCGGGCUGGGUGGUCAUCCCGCCGGGCUCCGUGCUACUCAAGCCAGCCGUGGUGAACUGAGCCCGCCCGACAGACAGCUGUGGCAGCCCUGCCAGCUGCUCUGGCCCCGCCCCGACGAACGGAAACUCUUCUGCGAAAUAGCAAUAAUGUCCUAUUGCCCCAGGACCUGGUUGGCUGUGCUCCCUGGGCAGCCCUGCCCUGGAUGAGCUGGGCAGCAAGGAUGGUGCUAGAAGGUCACUGCUGGCUGCCUGGCUCCCAAGUGAGGACCUGGACCUGCCAUCCAGGGAGAGCUGUGCUCUUGGGUGCCGAGGCCUUACUCCAGGCCCUCCUGCCCCCAUCUUCCACCUGACCCUCAGACCCCCUCAGUCUCCCACCUGCCCACAUCCCAGCAGUGGGGGGGGCAUCUGCCCUCGCUGCUGGCACCAGGUUCCCUCCGGCCUCCUUCAUGUCAUGAGCCGUGAGGAGGAGCUCCCAGGGAUCAAAUGCCUCCCCAUCUCCUGCCUAGGCUCACCCAGCCUCUGUUUGGGGGGCUCCCUGGACCCCUUUCCCUCCAGCCCACCCUUCUGAGGGGAAGCAGGAUAGACGCAGGCCCCAGCAAAGCCAUAGGAAGUGGUCACCGCUCUUCCUGCCUCCCACGACAAGGUGCCUCCCGUUCAGAGAAGGGAGGCCCGCUCUGCUAGCUGUCCCUCAGUCUGAUUCAGACAGCACUUCCAGAGGGACAACACUCUGCAGAGUGACAGGGUAGCUGACCACUCACUUGCCCCACACCCUGGGAGCGGGUGCCAGGGAGCCCUGAGCCAGAGAGGGUAGCAGGUGGGGCCAGGCUGAGCUGAGCUUUCUCGUCACCUGCCCCAGCUGGGCCUGGCCUGGGCAGUGCCGGCCUGCAGGACAUCAAUUCUUCACCAGGAGAUGGGAGGCUGGCUGGGGACAACCCAGACUGGGCCAGAGCUCCAGAUCUGGGGGCACCAAGUGACAGCACACAGGGAAGGGUGGGCUCCAGGUUAGGACUGGACUAGGAGCUUUCUGGAGGCCAUGGACUGAAGGCCCCGGGUCUGGGGGCAGCCAAGGAUGGCCAUGGGAGGGCCCAGUCCUCUGCCUGGGAAGGGGCAUCCCCUUGUUUACUCCACACCCAGCUGGGUCCCCCAGGGUCUUUGUACUCGGAAGGCUUGUAGCAAGGGUGAGGAUAAUCCAAGGGUGCCGGCGGUCUCUGUGCACCACAGCCUGCUGCCCCAUCCCAGGAAGCUGGGCCCUCCCACCCUGGCCCUAUCCACUCC